GAAGGAGGCUGUUGCAGGUGCUCAGGGGGAGAGAUGGUGCUGGUUCUGGGCUAGAAGAUAAAAAGAUAAAAAGAAAACUCAGGAGACAUUGAGGAGCUGGCAGUUCUUGAAGACAGGAUUAGAAGAUGAGUAUAAGGAAGAGGUAUGAGUUAAGGCUAGGAGAUUAAAUAGUGAUGCCAUCAACUGGGGUGGGAGGCGCAGGCGAGAGUGAGCUGGGUGGAAGAAGGGAUGAUGACAAGAAAGGAUAAUGAUAGUGAUGAGAUGCGCUGGUUUGGGGUAGCUCAAGAACCGGGGAUGCUAAUUUGGGGCUCAGGGAGCGCAGAAGCCACCGGAAAAGAUGCGCUUGCCAGGAAGAAUGGGGCAAGAAAGGGCAGGACCGCCUGAUAUAUAACUGAGGACUGCGAAGGGUGGCAGGAGAGUAGCAAGGCACGAGGUCGCUGUGUCAGAGGCGGGGAGUCACGAGGGAGCGGUCGGACAGCGCCCAGGCCACGCACCAUAAGGCAGGAGUCAUUGCUGCUCAUCUCGGGCCGCUCGCGGCUCCGAGUCCGGGUCUGGUGGGGCGGCGCGGAGCGGGAUUCCCGAGGCAGAGUCGUGGGCACUCUAUCACGGCGGGCGGUUGAAGGCGUUACAGUCCUUGGAAACGGAGCUGCUAGCCGGUUGCUAGGAGCGUCAGUGUCUGGAGUGGGAGGAACAAAGCGCUUCACGUCACAAGGCGCAGGAAUCGAGCGCCGAGAGAGCGAGUCCGUGCUAGUGGCGCCGGGUCGGCCUGGGUAGGCGCAGCGGGAGUGGACCCGAAUGCCGAGCGGAGCCGCUGCCAUGGGCCUGGGCGUCAGCGCUGAGCAGCCCGCGGGCGGCGCCGAGGGCUUCCACCUGCACGGGGUGCAGGAGAACUCCCCAGCCCAGCAGGCGGGCCUGGAGCCCUAUUUUGACUUCAUCAUCACCAUUGGGCACUCGAGGCUGAACAAGGAGAAUGACACACUGAAGGCACUACUGAAAGCCAAUGUGGAGAAGCCCGUGAAGCUGGAGGUGUUCAAUAUGAAGACCAUGAGGGUGCGCGAGGUGGAGGUGGUGCCCAGCAACAUGUGGGGCGGCCAGGGCCUACUGGGUGCCAGCGUGCGCUUCUGCAGCUUCCGCAGGGCCAGUGAGCAGGUGUGGCAUGUGCUGGAUGUGGAACCAUCUUCACCUGCUGCCCUUGCCGGUCUGCGCCCCUACACAGACUAUGUGGUUGGUUCGGACCAGAUCCUCCAGGAGUCAGAGGACUUCUUUACGCUCAUCGAGUCUCAUGAGGGGAAGCCCUUGAAGCUGAUGGUGUAUAACUCCGAGUCAGACUCCUGCCGGGAGGUGACUGUAACUCCCAAUGCAGCCUGGGGUGGAGAGGGCAGUCUGGGAUGUGGCAUUGGCUACGGGUAUCUACACCGGAUCCCAACUCAGCCCCCCAGCUACCACAAGAAGCCACCUGGCACCCCACCACCUUGUGCUCCACCACCUGAUGCCCCACUGCAUGAUGCCCUACCACCUGGACCCACCCUUGAGGACUCUCCUUCCCUGGAGACAGGUUCCAGGCAGAGUGACUACAUGGAGGCCCUGCUGCAGGCACCUGGCUCCUCCAUGGAGGAUCCCCUUCCUGGGCCUGGGAGUCCCAGCCAGAGUGCUCCAGACCCUGAUGGACUUCCCCAUUUCAUGGAGACUCCUCUUCAGCCCCCACCUCCAGUGCAGCGAGUCAUGGACCCAGGCUUCCUGGACGUGUCAGGAAUUUCCCUCUUGGACAGCAGCAAUGCCAGUGUGUGGCCCAGCCUGCCCUCUUCCACAGAACUGACCUCCACAGCUGUCUCAACCUCAGGGCCAGAGGACAUCUGCUCCAGCAGCAGUUCUCAUGAGCGGGGUGGUGAGGCUACAUGGUCUGGGUCAGAGUUUGAGGUCCCCUUCCUGGACAGCCCAGGUGCCCAAGCCCAGGCGGACCACCUGCCUCAGCUGACUCUUCCUGACAGUCUCACCUCUGCAGCCUCACCAGAAGAUGGGCUGUCUGCCGAGCUGCUUGAAGCUCAGGCUGAAGAGGAACCAGCAAGCACAGAGGGCCUAGAUGCUGGGACGGAGGCUGAGGGGCUAGCCAGCCAGGCCCAGAUCUCUACCGCAGAAUAACACCCUGGGCUGUGACAAGGCCCCUGGUGACAUUUCGUGAGGCCCAGAUGUGGGCAGGCAGCCCAGGCUGCACUGUGC